AUGGCCACACUUCUAAGCUAUGACAGCUGUGACUGCUAUUCCUACAGUUUUGUUCCCAAGGGACGGCUAGCUCGGGAUGAAUUGCACCAGCUGAAGAAAUACCCGGUUUUCUGCAACAAUCGACACUUCGUCCACAGCGACUGCAGCGCGGCAUUCCGUGCCUCUCAGCGCCUUCGCGGGUCGCCGAGAAGAGGGGUACUCCAUAGAUACCUAAGGACCAGGCUGUACAGACUUGAUUUGCUUUUCGGGAACCAGUUCAGCGGAAGCAAGCGCACCGGCAAAAUGGCGUAUGGCCCGGCCUACCAGGGCGGACUCUACUCCGCCGCACAUACUCAGUACACUGCAACUAACCCGUACAUGGCUACGUAUGUCAGCACUCCCCCUCAAGGUGGAAAUUACUAUUACGUCGUCAGAGAGCCGGAACCGCGGCCACGGAAGUGCGUUUUUCGAAUCAUUUGCGAAACUCUGGGGUGGUUGGCGUCUGCUGUGGUGUGCACAGCCUGCUCCGCUGCGUGUGGAGCGGCGAGUUGCUGCAUCAACGGCUUCAUCGAAGACGAAUUUGUCCCCAGCAAGCCUCAGCCGUAA